CUCCGCAUCUUAUUAGCAACACGGGACAUUUCUCCAUUUUGCAGCCUGUCUACACUAUACUGGAUUUUAUUACCGCUCCUACCUGUCAGCUUUCUCCUGAUUUAAAGAAAACCCUCAUCGCUCUGUCUGGACUUGGCGUUACAUUUUCUCUUUGAACUUUUUCUUUUGGCAGAAAGGGAAACGGCAGCGAAGAGCUUAACGUUUCAACAAAGAGGCUUGUGGGUCUUUGUUCGUUUUUUGGAUCAGUUGAGUUUCUUUGUUGGAGCUAAAAGCAUGGGAGCGCAAUUGACCAAGACAUCUGGAAAGGCUGAAACCGCGGUUGAGAAGCCCGGAGAGGUGGCUGCUUCACCCACCAAGGCCAACGGACAGGAAAACGGCCAUGUGAAAGUGAACGGAGACGCCUCUCCGACAGCGGCUGAGAACGGCAAAGAGGAGGUGGUCCAGGCCAACGGCAGUGCGGCGGCCGAGGAGAGCCCCCAGGAGGACCAGGCCGAGGCCCCCGCGGAGAAGGAGGCUGCAGAGGGGGAGACCGUAGAGGCAGCGUCUCCUGCCCCUGCUGAGGGAGAGGCGGCAGCAAAGACAGAGGAGGGCGCCACACCUUCCACCAGCAACGAAACCCCCAAGAAGAAGAAGAAGCGGUUUUCCUUCAAAAAGUCCUUCAAGCUCAGCGGCUUCUCUUUUAAGAAGACCAAAAAGGAGACAGGAGAGGAAGCAGAGGCCGAGGAGGCAGCAGCAUCCACAGAGGAGGCAGCGGCACCCAGUGAGGAGGCCAAGCCUGCUGAGGGGGGGGCUACACCUGCUGAGGGGGGGGGCACACCUGCUGCAGAGCCCGCCAAGGAGGAGGCAGCCGCAGAGGCAGCCGCAGAGAAGCCCGCUGUGGAGGCCACGGCCCCCGAGGAGAAACCAGCCGAGAAGGCACCCACAACAGAGGAGGCUGCCCCCCCCUCACAGGAAGCAGCGUCAGCGGAGGCUCCGGCUGCCGUGGCAGAACCAACUGAAUAAGUUCCAGAAGAGGGAGAAAUUGGAAAAAAGGAGAAAAGAAGAUAAUCAAAGAACAUUUCCCUGUUUGCAUGUUGGAGUGACGCCAGGUCCUGGCUUUAAAGAACAUUUCUACAACCAGGGAUUCUCUAAGGCUUUUCUUUAUUUUUAUUUUUUGGUUUACAUUCCCCCUUUCACAAAACCCCUUCUGGCCCCUUGUUACUUCCACUCCAGCGGGCCAGAGGUGGGUGGCUUCAGUUUGUAAAACACAUUAGGACAACCACACUGCCAUAUAUUUUUUCAUCAGUAUUACAUUUUCUUCUUUUUGAAUUGUUAUACAAAAUGUUAACAAAAUGGUAUGGACAUGCCCAUGGUAUGUAAAUGAAGGGGGGGGGGGGGGGGCUAGAAGUGCCACAGAUUAUUUAGAAAAAAUAAUAGUCUAAAAACUGAGACCAACAUGGACAUACACCAUACGGUUUACAACACUAAGUCAUUUUUACAACAACAAUUUCCAGAGUUAGGUUUUUAGGAAGAAAUAUAAACUCAUAGGAGCUUUCACAUCUCAUUAGCUGUCAGUGAUUCAGUAGAAAUACAAGUUGUAUAGGCUUUAUUGUUUAUUGUUGGUUUUAUGACCUUAAUACAAAUGUAAGUAUGUAUAGGCGGGGUGUUUUUAACUGUGAUUAUUGUACAAAAUUAAAUCUUGCUCAAGAAGAAGCACAUGAAGUUUGCAGCUCUUUUUCAACCCGCUCAAUUUUGUAAGAUAACACAAAAGUCCACCUGGAAGACCUUCUUAAGCAAUUGUGAACUCGAAACCAAGCUGUGAUAAGUGGAUGGUUAACUGUUUAUAUACUGUGCUAUGUUUUUGAUUAUAGCAAGCAAUGGUUUUUCAGUGGUCUUUGACUAAAUGUAAGGAAUCUAUUAGAUGCAAAUGUUUGUGUAGCAUCUUGUCUCUCUAUCUCUCUUUGUUUCCUUUUGUAAAUACUGGAGAAGCUUUGACCAGUUUGGCCUAGAGACGGAAUGUAACUUUGCUUACAAAAAAAAAAUGCUAUUAAACUCCUCUGCUUAAGGUGUUCUAAUUUUCUGUGAGCACACUAAAAGCAAAAAUAAAUGUGAAUAAAAUGUUA